AGAUGACUCACUAAUAGGCCAGAAAUAGCCUAUAUUUUUUAACAAGAUGAAUUGUGUUUUUAUUUUUACUGCAGACCUGAAGACUACGUUUGCUCCCCAAGCCAGUCUAUGCUUUCGGUCAGUGAGCUAAAAAAGUAAGCCUAGAAGACACGGUAAAAAAAGAAAAACUUGUAAUCAAAGGACAACAGGUGUGAACCAAACAAUUGCGGAUCUCGAACCCAUGUCUCCCAGCCCAUAGGAUACUAACCACAGUUCCAUAGAAUUAGUAAUCAGAAUACUAAUAUAAUAGGAUCUCUAUGGUCGUUACACUAUUCCCUCUGUUCGGUUCGCCUCUCUGAUGGCCACACGGGCACCAUCUCACCUCUGACACCAUCGUAGCGAACAGUGCAACACCUCUUGUGGAUGUCAAACCUCGGUCUCUAUUGCUAAACACUGCUCCAAUAGGGUUAACUUACUUUGGGGUGAUUGUAUCGAGCCUAAGCAAGGGUCAUCAUUAAACUAUUGCUGUACAAAUUCAUUUACUGCUAUUUGGACCCCAGCGAGAGUGGCUUCUGCCUUCGCAAUUUGGGAUCCUAAUAAAAUACAAAAAAUACUAUAUAUGUCUUUUACAAUACACGCGAAUCCUUAAUUAACAGCUCUGAAAGAAGUAGACAAGUGACCAAAUCAGGUUCCAUCUUUGCUUUAUGUUUUCAGAUCAGCGUAUAUGAAAGCGACGCGUAGAAGAGACGAACGGGGCUUUGAACCUGUCAAAUAAGUUCGCGCGAGAUUUCCGAAUGUGUGUUUUUAAUCUUUUGGGGUGUUCUUCCUCCUUGUUUGUGAAGCUGCCCUAAAUUUGUUGCGGCUGCAGUCCUAUUUCGAGGAAGAACGCAGUAAUAGGUAGUCGUUUUAGCGUUGACCUUUAAUUCAGAGUAUUUAUUUAUGAAUUGAUUCAAGAAAAUUGGUAGCUAGCUAAAGACUAGGGCCACCUUCUUCGUUAGCUAGCUGGCUACGUUAGCAAUAGCGGCCAGUACCGGCAGUAGCUAGUACACACAGGUGAGUGGCCUCUCCCAGGCAUUAGCUAGUAGCUAGCUAGCAACAUCUGGGUGUAUCCUACAGAAAGAAGUCCGUUUUCAGUGGAGUACCCUUUUUAUUCCCUGUACCAAGUGUAUGUCUUUAUAAUAAACCGACCUCAUCAAAAUAUUGCAGCGAUUUCCCUUAUCGGAGAGGCACUGGCAAUUGUAUGCAUCUAAACUAGCUAGGUACGUUAGCAAGCUAACUAAAUGGCGUCAGAUAGUGACACAGAGGAAUUCUACGAUGCUGCUGAAGACGUCAAUUUUACUCCAUCUCCUAAAGUGACACCUGCAAAGUUUGUCCUUCCCACACCUCAGGGGGUGGUAGAGAGCCCACCAGAGGAUGUGGCUAUUGGGCUGGCCGCACCUGAGGCACGCCAAGAUGACUCCAUCCAGAUCAUCGACAGCAUCAUUGAGGAGAGCCAGAAGGGAAGUGCGGUGGAGGAGGCUCAGCUGAAGGAGGAGAGGAAUGCAGAUACAAGGGCAGAGUCAGAGGUGAAGGAUGAAAAUGUGGCCCCUGUAGAACGAGAAAAUCCUGCUAUGGAACCUCAGCCUGUGGUUGAGAGAUCAGAGCAUCCACAGGAACAGCAGGAAGCGUGUUCCAUGGCUCUCCCAGACAUCCCCAGCCUGUCGUCAGGGUCACAGGAGCACGUCCAGCCCCCAGACAUCACUAGCACCCUGGGGAAAUUAGACCUCCCGCUAGACCUCCCUGACCUACCCCGGGUGUCUGCAGAGGACAGGGACAGGGAGCAGAGACCAGCAGACAUCCUAGACCAGGAUCCCCUCACAGACAAGCCGGCUGGCUCCUCUGACCCGGGGCCUACAAAACCCCCACGGCAGUUCACUGUAGAGCCUGACAUUGUGGCCAGCACCAAGAAACCUCCACCUUCACGCCCACCCCCUCCCAGCGGAGCUGCUCCUCCACGGCCACCACCCCCAUCCCGGCCUGCUUUACCCCUCAGCAAGAAGUCCCAGGAGUGUAUGAGGCCAGCAGGACUGGAAGGAGAGCUGGAGGAGCCAUGUGGCCUGGUGUCUCCCAGCAGCACAGUGAGGAGCAUCACCAAGGAUCUGCAGCACUCUUUGGACCUGGCUAGCGCCACCAGUGGGGACAAGGUUGUCACAGCACAGGAGGAUGAGCAGGCAUCCGGUCCCAUUGGUGACGCUCUAGGUCCUCAGCGUCCACGAUCCAACUCUGGCAGAGAGCUGACUGAUGAGGAGAUCCUGGCGAGUGUGAUGAUCAAGAAUCUGGACACAGGUGAGGAGAUCCCUCUCAUCCAGGCGGAGGAGAAGCUUCCCACAGGGAUCAACCCACUCACAUUACACAUCAUGAGGAGGACCAAGGAGUACAUCACGAAUGACGCAGCACAGUCAGAUGACGAUGACAAGGCCCAGGCUCCAUUGACCGACUCUGACGGAGGGAAGCUGAAACAGAAAACCACUCAGCUGAAGAAGUUCCUGGGCAAGUCCGUGAAGAGGGCCAAGCAUCUGGCCGAAGAGUAUGGUGAGAAGGCCGUCAACAAGGUGAAGAGUGUCCGUGAUGAAGUGUUUCACAACGACCAGGAUGACCCGUCGUCCAGUGAUGACGAGGGGAUGCCCUACACCCGGCCUGUCAAGUUCAAGGCAGCCCACAGCUUCAAGGGCCCCUUUGACUUUGAUCAGGUCAAGGUGGUCCAGGACCUGAGUGGAGAGCACAUGGGUGCAGUGUGGACCAUGAAGUUCUCACACUGUGGCAGGUUGUUGGCGACAGCGGGCCAGGACAACGUGGUGCGAAUCUGGGUUCUGAAAAAUGCCUUUGACUACUUCAACAACAUGAGGAUAAAGUACAACACUGAAGGUCGUGUGUCGCCCUCUCCCUCUCAGGAAAGCCUGUGUUCCUCCAAAUCAGACACGGACGGUGGGGUGAGUAAGAUGAGCAGUGUUCCUGAAGACCCCGAUUCAGAGGACAAGAAUCUCCCCUUCCGCCAAGUCCCCUUUUGCAAGUACAAGGGUCAUACGGCUGACCUGCUGGACUUGUCCUGGUCAAAGAACUACUUCCUGCUUUCCUCGUCAAUGGAUAAGACGGUCAGACUGUGGCACAUAUCCAGGAGAGAGUGUCUAUGCUGCUUUCAGCAUAUUGACUUCGUCACAGCCAUCGCGUUCCAUCCCAGAGAUGACAGGUACUUCCUGAGUGGCUCUCUGGAUGGGAAGCUGCGUCUGUGGAACAUCCCAGACAAGAAGGUGGCUCUGUGGAACGAGGUGGACGGACAAACACGCCUCAUCACUGCUGCCAACUUCUGCCAGAAUGGGAAGUACGCUGUCAUCGGCACCUAUGAUGGCCGCUGCAUCUUCUACGACACUGAGCGCCUUAAAUACCACACCCAGAUCCACGUACGGUCGACCAGAGGCAGGAAUCGAGUAGGACGGAAAAUCACAGGCAUCGAGCCUCUGCCUGGAGAGAACAAGAUUCUAGUGACCUCCAAUGACUCCAGGAUCCGCCUGUAUGACCUGCGGGACCUGUCUCUGUCCAUGAAGUACAAGGGUUACGUCAACAGCAGUAGUCAGAUCAAAGCCAGCUUCAGCCAUGAUUACUCAUUCAUUGUGAGUGGCUCAGAGGAUAAGUACGUGUACAUCUGGAGCACCUACCAUGACCUGAGCAAGUUCACCUCUGUACGACGAGACCGCAAUGACUUCUGGGAGGGAAUUAAAGCCCACAAUGCAGUAGUGACAUCAGCUAUUUUUGCGCCCCAUCCUAACCUGAUUGUCCCCCAGGAGGCGGGGGCAGAGAAAGCGGGGGCUGAUGCAGAGUGUAAGAGUUUGGACUCUACUGACUCGGAGACCAUUCCCUCAGGGGCUCUGAAGACUGAUCAUACAGAGGUUCUGCUCUCUGCUGACUUCACUGGCGCCAUUAAGGUUUUCAUCAAUGUAAAAAAGUACUGAACACUUCACCCUGAACCCUUACUGAUCUGGCCAUCAGUGUACAGUCCUUCAAUGGAGGCAGAGCAACCCGCUGCCCUGCCAAUGCUUCUAAAACCGGCCAAUCGCCUACGGGUGAGUGCUCCGGGAGGAGUUAUCCUCCGGAGAACAGGGACCCUGUAGUAGAGGAUGAAGGGAAGGUUGAGGAAGUGAACUGUAAAUGGAGGAAGCAGCUCACGGAUGUCCUGUCACGUUUUUCUUUAACACAAAGAACCAGUGUGCACUGUGUUUUUGAAGUAAAGCAGGUUUGUGAGACGGUCAGACUGUAAAGCAGGACCGGUAACUGAGGGAUGGAUGGUUAAAAUACACUAAUGUAAGCUAUUUGUCAGAGUGUGAGGGGUACGCUGUCUUACUCAACUUUACUGCGUUUCUAGUACCCCCGCGCUCCUCCUUGCCAGGAAUGACAGUCUUAAAUUUGUUAACUAAGCACUAACUCAAUCAUUACGGUUGCAAAUUUUCAUUCGUCUGUCAGUGUGUAAUGAAUAAUAAAAUGGAACCACUUUUUUUUUUUUUUUUACAUUGUUUAUGAUUCACUUAAUAAAGUAAAUGGUAUUCUCAGUUAAA